CUUGUUUCUUUUUUCCAGUCUCAGAGGCGUGUUGAGCCAUCACCAGAAUCAAAAUAUACCUCACCAAAACACAAAACUAUGUUCAACGAAAGGAAGAUACCAGAGCUUUCACCCUCCAAUAGACAAACAAGCAACUCCUUCAAUUCUCCCCGUGCCUUACCAUUGCCUCGAGCAAUAGUCCAUCCACGGGAACUUCGAGAAGUUGCAGCACAAGAUGAAAUUGAAUGCUUCGCCACGGAGGGAAGUCCAUGUAACUUCUCAGCUUGGUCUUCAUUAAGUGAUUUGACGGUUAAUUCCAAAAAUGAGCAGCCGCGUCCUGUUUCAUCACCUGUACCUAACAAUGAGUCGCCUCCAAUGCAGUCCUUAGAACACACUGAUAAAGAUGAAAUCACGGUCAUCACAAAGAAACUUUCCGAAUGUCAGAUGAAAGACUCUUGUGACACUUGGAAUGAUGACUCAGCGAUUACAAAACCUACCGAAUUUUCCAUGAAAGAAUCUUGUGGCACAUGGAACGAAGACUCCACCUCAUUGCCCAGCUUUAACUCGCCUCUAAUCAACAAAAGCAUGGAGGGAAAAGAAGUGAUAAAUGUAACAGAGCCAACAAUUAAUACCACAGAAGAGCAAGAAAAUAAACAGCCAAUCGCUACCAUCACUCCUUUCAUUGAAAACCGCGAGUACAAUGAAGAGAUUCUCUCUGAUUCCCAUGUUAUCGAACUAGAGGCUGGAAAGAUAACUAUCAUCUCAUCUCUGGACAUGGAGCAUAGCAUGUCGUCUAUAGAUCUUGAGUCUGUUAAGCCUCCAUCGAUAAUGAGUAGCUCUUUCUCGAUGACGUCCAGCAUCACAGAAAAUGGAAGUCUAGGAAAGAGUAAUAAAAUGCGUAGCCUACUUUUCCGUCGAGCAUUGGGAGACUCUGUUAGUUGCAACAUUGAAUCAACCAAACCGCCAUCAUUCCUGGAGGAGGCAAAUUUAGUAGAUCUGGAAAAUUCUAUUGUUAGUGUUGCGAGUAUUGUGUCCGAGGUUGUCGAUUCGCCUCCACUUUCUCUAACAGAAGAUCUUACUGUUACGGAUACUUUUAUGACUUGCAAUGAUAUGACUGACUCAUCAACCAGCGGUGGCAUCACACCAAAACAAAAGAGGAGUGGAGAGAGAGACAGGUACAACACUUACACAAUCCAGCCAGACAAGAGCAGAGAAGGUUCCGUUGAGCCAGGCGUCAAAGAAUCGCAAAAUGAAGCGGCAAAGAAGAUCACCCCAAAACAAAGACGGCAAACAGAGAAAGACAGGUUUUUGACACGCACUAUCGGCGAUGGGGACUUUAUAGACAAUAAGAAUGAAACCCCUCAUGUUAUAGCAAACUUGGAUAGUAAACUAUCCCCAAAACAAAAGCGGUCCGCAAAUAAAGACAGGUACUUAACGAGGACUCUCAGUCGAGACAACAGUCUUGGGAGUGACACUUUAAUACCCAUUGAUAAUGAUAUCUUAGAUCCUGAUACAGUGACUAACAUCUCAGAUUAUGAAUCUGAGGAGGAACAAGUUGUCAAUGUGCCAAAACCGUCAAUUGCAAAACCGGUUAAAACAGAGGCAAUUAAGAGCGCAGAGACAAAUAAGAGCACAGAGACCAAAAACAAUAAAAAAAGUGGUAUCCCCACUUUCAAGAAUAAAACCACCCCCAAAAUACAGACCACCGAGUCACCAAGUAAACCACCCUCAACUGGAAGUAGGGUUUCUCCGAAAACCCCACCUGUAGACGCUGGAAGUAGGACUCAGAAAAUUCAGCCCCCAGAGCCAGCGAGUAAGAUCGUAAAAAGUCAGGUGAAAAAGGAAAUAACCACAACUAAUGCGGUCCGACCGACGAAACUGUUACAACCAUUACAAAGACAGGGUACUUUUACGAAAGAUAAACCAGUGACGCCUGUUUCUGGUAUCCCUGUUUUGUCUCCGAAAACUGCUAGUGCCAAAAAAAUACCAACGAAGAUUGCUUCUCUAAGGUCUCCAACGUGAAAUUGAGUGUGUCCAUCUUAACCAAGUAUAGUUGAGCAAGUUGAUCCUACUUUACCCUUAAGUUUCAUUUCAGUUUGUUUGAUUGUACUCAUUUUUGAAGCCCUGAGGAAUAGAGUUUGGCUUGCUCAAAGAACGGAUCGUAGAUUUUUCAAGGACACCAGUCAUUCUUUUUGUCACCAAUGAUCUUUAAUCCAGCCUGUAUGAGCACUAGUAAUCAGAUUUAGUCGGUUGCUCUUGUUUUUGCUUAACUUGAAUAUUUUCCUCCCUCUCAAGUGUCAACUUUCUCAACUUACUUCCUCAUCUUCUUCUUGGCAAUCCUCUAUGAAAGUCCUGCAAAGCCAUCUGUCUAUAUCCUUUUUGAAUAUAUGUUUCAUGUAGAAAAAAAAGGUACCAUUGUACUCGUAUCCUUAGUUAGCUGAGUGCUGAGGAUUGAAAUGCAAUAUAUAUUUAAUUAACGAAGUUUAAUUAAUCACGAUUUGCAUUUUUAUUUAAGUAAGUUAGGUAUUCUUAAAAAUAUCUAUUGUGUAGUUUUCAUAUCAUUGAGAUUACCCAUGUAAACUGUUUCUUCUAUUAUCUGUCGAUUUCAUGUAACAGAACAAUAUUUUGUGCUUCUGAGAAUGUGCUAUCAGUGGGGACUUUUAUGAUGAUUGUAGUAAUUUUUCCCCCUUUUGGCAUGUACCCAAAGAUUCUUAUGAAUAGAUGAAAAAAAUAUUGUUCUCUUCAAUUUGAUUAUCUCUCGGGUACGUACAACAACCAGAGAGGCAAAAAAAUUUCCGACUGAAUUCACUUUCUUCCUCCUCAUUCAUUAUCAUGCCCUCUUUUAUCACUUAUAUUUUAGCGCUAAGUUAACCCUUUUAAAAAGGUGUUGUGCCUGCAUUGUGAUGAAAUGUGCAAAAAGACUUCGUAGUUUAGGUUAAAUUUAGAACAAUCUUUGUAUGGCUGGAAUCAGGUUUUUAGUUUGUAGGUUUUGUUUUGUUUUCCUGCUUUUAUGGUUACUUGAAGUCAGUGAAAAAUAUUGUAUAUUUUUCACUCAAGGGUCUGGUAUGUCAACAGGUACUUGAUAUUUUUAACUUAAUGUUUGUGAAUGAACUGUAAUUGUUCAAAACACGUGAAAACCUCAUGUACUCGUCUGUAGUAAGAUGAGCAUUUUAGUCAGAUUUUUAAUACUUGUGUCUUUUAUGUAGAUUAUGUUGAUACAUUUCCUUAUGUAACUUUAUUCCUUUUUUAGCAUUAUUUUAAAAAGUGUACAGAUAUUUUUCUAUGAAAGUGUAUUGUUUGAAACCAGCCAAGUUUAAUGGCUUUUUCCCCCCCUGUUCUUACUCUUCCUUCCUAACCAAUUGUAGAUAGAGUGUAUUUAAUUUGAUACCUUUCAUAUUCUGAUCUUGUCACCGAUGUUUGAAGGAACUGUACUCGAAGAUCUUAUAUUAUGUGUUUUUCGUCAGCACGUAUUUAAAAUAUUUAGCAAGUAUUUUCUCUGCAAUAUGAUAUCUUUUUUUAUUCAUCCAGAACUAGCCCUACAUCAGGAACUACAUUUUUAACACUUGAAUAAACAACACCCAGAUUCAAACUCUUUAGUGUUCCUUUUCUUCUGUUUAAAUGUUAACGCAUGUAAAAGAAUCAAUGUAGGAUGUAUUUUUCUCCCCUUUAAACAUUUCUUGUGUACUUACUUUAAACUAUCUACUUCGGAAAUCAUUUUGUUUGCAAGUAAAUUGUGGAAUGGACCUCCAGGUUCAAAAUAUUUGCACAAGCACAAAUCUAUCAUGAUAGAGGUGACCUAAAA